GACGUCACGACGAAAGGCGUUCGAAGCCAAUGGUCAUAUGUAUCAGUGAGAGCGGGUACCAGCUAUCAGUAUUAGCCCGGUCAUCUUUCUGUGCGCGCGACAGGACGAGGUGGUCUGAUUGUGUGAGAUCUCUUCGCUUCGCAGCUCGCUCGCAGCUCGCAGCCGAGAAAUGCUCUGAUAUCUGUGCGCGGAAAACUUUGCGUCGCGAAACGUAGCCGGAAAUGAAAGAUAUCGUUUCGCGGUGACGGAUCAUUGAGAGAGAGAGAGAGAGAUCUCCAUCGGCGCGACGACUGUUUUUCUCGAGCAUCGCUAAUCGCGGCAACUUUUUAACUUGUUAGCGUCGUCCAAGAACAGACGCGCCUAAUCGCACACUGGUUCGCUCGUGGAUCGGGUUCGUCGCCAUCGACGAUCGUGACAACGCAUACAUUCUUUUUCUUUUUCUUUUUCUUUCUCUCCCUCUUCCUUCCUCUCUCUCUCCCUCCCUCCCCUCUCUCUCCCUUCCUCCCCCUCUCUCCCUCUCUCAUUCUCUCUCUAGCGAUGAGAUUUCGCGGGACCUGGAGAUUUCGCCGUCUCGCGAACGCGGGUGUUCGACCUCGUGCAAAGGCCAAGCGGUAGCGACCUCCCAAUAUUAGUUGAAUGUUAGAGCGCGACGUUUCUUACGCUUUUGGACUGAUCGUGCCACUAAACGAAAAUGGAACAGCUUGGAUAACGCAAAGUAACCGAUCGCAUCAGCCAUUAUGAAUACAACGCAAGAACCGAAGCAGUACGUUUCGCCGCAUGGGUGCCUGGGUUGACGAACGUUUCGCGGAGGAGGAGGUGGUCCCGAAUAAUCAAAGUGCUACUUGGACUUGGAGAAUCCGGGGCCGCGAUUGCAAUGGUGGUGGACCGUUGCAUGGUCGACCGGGUGCCGACUAUCAAUCGCCAGACAACUUUACAUCGACCUGGUCGUCAGCAUCCCUAUUACCGUUACGCCGUCAGUUCACCAGGCAGCUCUACGAGUGGCCUUGUUUACCGUUGUUUAAGUCAAGGACGAAACUAGACCUCUAUUGAAUCGAUUUCGAUUUGAGGAGAAGGGCCGCCCAAAAUUUCCUUGCGAAACACAGAGUUGCUCGAGUUUUUGUUAUCGUGUGUGUGUGUGUGUGUGUGUGCGUGUGUGUGUGUGUGCGUGUGCGUGUGUGCGUGCGUGUGCGUGUGCGUGCGUGUGUGCGUGGUCGUGUGUAUCUAUGCGUAUCGUACGUGCAAGCUUUGGAUCGGUUUUACGGAAAGGAAAAUUGGAUCGCGAGUAUUUUGAUAGAUUGAGAGAAGAGUGAAUCCCGAAAGUAUCUCCCAUACAUUCUUCGUUUCUUCAAUAUGGCCGAGUGGACCAAGCUUAACGAUGGAAACAAGCAGAUUCGACUCGACGUGCGAAACUCAACCAAUAAUGCGAGGCGAUCGUUUGCCGAAACGAGCGACGAUGAGAUUAUCAAGCAAAGUUCACGUAUAGUUAAUAAUGGAAACGAUUGCGAUGACGACACUCGCCAAGAGACGAUGGUUUCGAAUUCGGCUCGGGUGUCAAAGUACGUGAAUCGCUCCCGAAAGAACCCAGAGUCAUUAUCGCUGAAAAAUACGCGACGGGAAGACGAGGUGAGAUUCGUGGAGAAUAAUUCGCGCCAAGAACCAACGGAGCAAUCAGGCUCAAGGAUACGUCGGGAAGCUCGUCAAGAGCUGAAAGAAGCCUCGCAGAGUUCACCAAAGAGACCCAACAGCCUGUACAAGGAGGAUGCAUCUAGUCCGCAGAAAUUGAAGGGCGUCUUCAACGAGAGGGGUACAAUUUUCGAGUCCCCUAGCAGAAUUCUGUCAGCCAAGAAUGACUCGUCGACCGAGAAGAGUACCGAGAAGGAGGACAAGCAACAGCAUCACGUGCAAUUCAACAAAGAGUCGCAAAAGCAGCAGCUACAUGACGCUACACCCGAGGAAAGGCCGCAUCCAAGCCCGUCAAUUUCCACAUCUACCACGAGCAGCUCCGAAGACAAUUCCAGCUUGGCACAGUUUUGCGAAGCUAGACCUCCCGACGGAGGUUGGGGCUGGGUCGUCGUAGCGGCCUCCUUUAUGGUAAACUUGAUCGCGGAUGGCAUCACUUUUUCCUUUGGCGUAAUAUACGUUGAAUUCCUCAAUUACUUCGGAGGGGGCAAAUCCAAGACGGCGUGGAUCGGCAGUCUCUUUAUGGCAAUGCCGUUGUUAUCGGGACCGGUGGCAAGUUUCUUAACCGAUCGCUACGGAUGUAGAAAAGUCACGGUGGCCGGUAGCUUUCUGGCAACAGUCGGCUUCGUUGUAAGUUCCUAUGCGAACUCGAUGGAAGUACUCAUCUUCACCUUCGGCAUCGUAGCAGGUUUCGGCUUGUCCUUGUGCUUCGUUGCGGCGGUUGUAAUCGUGGCGUACUACUUUGACAAGAAGAGAUCUUUCGCAACCGGUCUGUCGGUAUGCGGUAGCGGAAUCGGAACUUUUAUCUUCGCACCCGUCACGCAGUAUCUUUUGGCGGAGUACGGCUGGAGAGGAACCACGCUGAUUCUGGCAGGAUUGUUUUCCAAUCUCGCUGUAUGCGGAUGUCUGAUGCGAGACCUCGAAUGGACUACCAUUAGAGCGAAAGCGAAAACUCAAGAGAGAAGAAAGAAUCGGGAGAAGAAAAGAUCUAAGAUACAGAGUUCCAGCGCAGACUCCUUUUCCGCCACCAGCUCCGCGAACACGACCACUCAAACGCCUCACGGUGAUUCUAAACGAGGCUUUGCGUCUGCCAAUGCGAUGAUUAUUGAGAAUCUGCGGCCGCAGGAUGGAUGCGAUGAGGGGAGCGGUGAAAAGUUAUUCUCUAGCCUGGUAAAUCUGCCUACCUUUGUCAAGAAUGGAGAAAGAGUACCUCUGGAGGUGCUGGAACUGCUCAGUACAAACAAGACCGUUUACAACGUUCUCUUGCAAAACUAUCCGAGUCUGUUGAUAUCGUCGAGGAGUUUCAGCGAUUCUGGAGCCUUGCACGAUCAACUGAGUACACCCUCGGCCCGAUUUAUAUCUACGCCGAGUCCAUUAGCUGAAUUGCGAGCAACGACCGAAGGCAAGGAUAAGGAGAAUAAGCGAAUUUUGCACGGCGAGCAGCAGCAGCAGCAGCCGCCUCAGUCGGUAGAACCGGCGUAUUUACGGUGGUUGAAGAAAAUCGAUUCCGACAUUCCGUUGAGGCGUUCUAAUACGUUGGAACCACCGAGAAGGCUGCCAACCGCCUAUUUGAAGGAUAUCAGAAUGCAUAGGCAUAGCUUGACUUACAGAGGCGCCAUGCUCAACAUCAAUCGAUAUCGUUUGAGAGCUUCGAGCUGCCCGGACAUUUACAGAAAUUCCAUGACUACGAUCGCCAAGACAAAGCUCGUUUGGUACGCUGGACUUUGGGAAUUUUGGGAUUUGAUCGUCGACAUGCUAGACUUUUCGUACUUUGCCGAUCCGAGGUUCCUGCUAUUCGCUGUCAGCAAUUUUCUCUUGCACACGUGGUACGAUGUGCCUUACGUCUAUCUGACGGACAAUGCGAUCGAAGUUGGAUUUAGCGAGACGGAUGCGUCUAUUCUGAUCUCGGUGAUCGGCAUCGCCAAUAUGGGCGGUGAGAUUUUUCUGGGUUGGGCCGGCGAUAGAGCGUGGGUGAACGCGUCUAUCGUCUAUGCGGUAUGCAUGGCGCUCUGCGGUACCGUUACCGCUCUGAUACCGAUAGUUAUCAGCGAUUAUUACACUCUAUGUGCAAUCUCUGGUGCCUUUGGAUUAUUCAUCGCAGCAAAUUACAGUCUCACCAGCAUUAUCCUUGUCGAGCUCAUCACCUUGGAGAGGUUUACGAACGCCUACGGUCUUUUGUUACUGGUUCAAGGAAUCGCCAAUCUCAUGGGCCCUCCGCUAGCUGGGUGGCUGUACGAUAUCACAGGCACGUACGACCUGUCCUUCUACUUGGCGGGAUUGUUCAUCGCGUUAAGCGGCAUAUUGUUAUUAGUGAUGCCUUUGAUCGGUUUGUACCGAAAGUAUCGAUACGAAUCCAGGGGGGUAACUACCGACAAGGAUUUCAAUGCGAUAAACAAUGUGUAAAUAUGUCGAUAUUUAUUGAAGAAACAAGCCAGAGAGACAAGUCGAUAUCAGAGGAAUUUUAACGCAGAUUGCGAAAAUUGCCACAGGCACCCCUUAAUUUCGUGGUAGUGUCCAUUCCGCACUAGCGACACGCAAUUCACGAGUUGCUCGAGCCGGCUGUGGUGUAAUUAUAUAUAUAGUUUUAAUUAUAGUUUAUCGUAUAACUUGCGGAUUUAUCGAUACUUUUCGCGAUGACUAAUGCGAGCGACUCGAAGGACGUUAUAUAAAGUGUAAAAUAUCAGUGGUAAGAGUCGCAUCGGUCGCGUUGCAACUCUUAUCAGUUAUAUUAUCAGUCGAUCAUGCUUUUGCGAAAGUUAUCAAGUCAUUUCUAAUCUAUUGGAUAUUGCGCAAAAAAAGAAUUACUCGCAGGAGAACACACGUACAGCUUUUUUUAAAUAUUUUUAAUAGCGUAGCGCGCGAUAUUACGACAUAGUAAUAUAUAUAUAUAUAUAUAUUAUACAUAUGUACAAAUUAGGAAGAUGCCGCUUGCGAUAUAUAAAAAAUUCAGAGGGCCUGCGGAAGGCUCGCUACGAGGUACGAGCUACGUGUUAACGUCGAUGAUUGUAUCUUGCACGAACGAAUCCAUUCGAUAUGGAUAUCGUGUACAUGUACAUACAUACAUAUAUUUUCGCACGGCAACGACUAACACAAUAAAUAUAAUUUCGAAUCUCAGGAUACUACCAGCAAUUGGUGCUCCGCGUACAUAGUGGGUCGAAAUCGGCACAAAUCUGGGGUGUCCUGGUUUGUGCGUUGCACAGAAAACGCGUACGAGUCGUGUAUGCAUGCUUGCUAUGCUAGUCGCUAUUUCCUCAUCGAGCGAAUCGUAUUCUGAAGUUAGAACAGCUAGUUGUACAAUUGCCAAGUUAUCCCCUCUCCCCCGGAUAACACGAAAAAUAUUGUAAAUUAAUCACAUAUAUACCCUUUGUAACAACUUUUACAAUCGUCUUUGCGUUACGCGUGUCCUUUGCGCGUCCUUGCGAAUCACUCUUUUCGUAAUUAGGUCUAAUUUCAGCCAACUAAUUUGUCAAGAGUUGAAUUAAAUGCUGUACUUUUCGAUCGGACAGACUCAACUCCAUCUCUCUCUCUCUCUCUCGUGUAAAGCGCGAUGCGUGUUUGAUAGAGAACUAUGAGACGUAGAAGAGAAUUUCAACGUGUAGAGAAUUUCUGUGAUCGUAAACUUGCCUCUUAAUGAAUUUUCAAGUAAGCUACAAGUAGACUCCACUACCUCCGUUACUAGAGCGUACGUACAUGCGAAUAUGCGCGCACAUAAAUUUUCUGAAUCGUCAAGCUUGUAAUUACCAAUCACGCAAUGUUGCUGGUCGCUUUCGUUCGUUCGAAAGAUGUAUGCACGACGUCACCGAUUUACCCCGAGAUAUCGGGUGUACAGUAGCGAAUAAUGGACGAAAAGUAUAUAGUAACGGUAAUUUAAGUCAUCCUGGAGGACCGGAGGGUUUUUAAUGGAACGUGUAAAUGAUAUACACGCGUUACUCUUGGCGAAGCAAACACCUCUUUUGCCGUGUGGCCGUCAACGUCGUACGAGAUAGAGGUUCUUUAAAACUAGUCAAAAUCGCAACUACGAUAUUUUAGGUAUUAUUGUCGAUUCCACGGGAAGAAAAUUUUAUAUUCCAAAAAUAUCUCUUAUAGCCAUAGGAAGAAUACACGUGUACGUAUAAACAUUACGAGGCCUUUAUACGGAGAAACAAAGUACGAAAGAUAUUUACUGCUUUUACAGAUAAUUAAGAAUCAACAAUUAGAUGGUUUAUAGGCAGCAACGAGUUUCGAAUAUUCUUUCUUAGAGUACCGAACUGAUCGAGUGUAUAAUUUGAUAGCCGAAAGUAUCGAGUAAUUGUCGCGAGCCGGGAUCGUAAGUUUGAUUUAGAAUCGAUCUUGUAAUCGCGUGUGUCCGGUGCCAAGUCCAAAUCUAAAUGCGAGUGCAAUAAUUUCUUUCCCGGAGAGAGCAUGCACGCUCCUCCCGCAUUAUACAUCGGGCGUACGUACGCAGCCUUAUACGGCAUCUACGAAAUGAGUAUAAAGCAAUAUUUUACUAUAUAUAAAAAAGGAAGAAAGGAAAAUUGUGUAUUUCAUAUAUUUACGAUAUCAAGUUGCCGACUUGACGAGAGACGACUUUCACUGGUAUAGUAUUAUAAGCGAGCGAUAGUUGUUAAGUCGAUCCGUAAAGAGGGACUUUUAAUAGAAUAUCGAUGGAAAAGAAAAUCUCGGAGUGAUUCCUUCCAGUAGAAGAGAAUUUAACAUUAAAAGGGGGAAAAAAGGUAGAAAUUUAAGGGAGCACACGUUACCCCGUACAGUACACAAAUGUUGAAUCAACAUGUUCAACAUUCAGAAAGCAUUGGUCGCGUUUAGCAGAAUAUUUUUUACAACUGUUGCAAGACUUAAGCAAGUGCUGAAAUUGAAUUAUUCCACUAAAAUAAUAAUCCCCUAGAUUCAACGUAGAGUAUUUAUACUUGAACAUUGGAACAUUAUUUUAACUUUGUGUGCUGUAUGGGUACCGUUCGGUAAUCUAUGUAACAUUGGUAUGUCGUAUAGAAAUUCAACAUUCUACUGAAAAAUAUUUGCCACAAUUGUAAUCGUUAUAGUUGGAUCGUUGGACGAUAUCGAUCUAGCGUCCCUAAUCCUAAUCCGACAUCUUUAUAUAUACCAGAUGUGUGAUCACCUAAAUGUGAUCCGAUAUACCUAUUGGCGCAAACCAUUGCCGAUUUGAACCGUUCUUGUUGACUCUUAAAUAUUAAAGGAAUGAAUCUAUCAUUAUAGUCUUGCGUGUAUGUAUAUAAAUUCUUAGUCGCUACACCAAUUCCUAUACCGAAUCGGUCGCAUACUCAACUGCACUUUAUUUCACAAUUAUUUAUUUCGCUUACAUUGCAGUCGUACGAGCUAGAUUUCAAGCUUUGUAAUAGCCAAUAAAGAUCGCUCGAGGCGGCGAAACGAGUAUACCUAUU